AUGCAGAACGGCUUUGCUGCGCCCUCGUCGGAUCGUUCAUUUGGCGCUCCGCUUGCCAAACAGCGAUCUGCUCCACAAACGGUACCAGGUGCCCAGCAUCACGGCCACAACCAGCCCGCUAAUCCUGAUGCACUUCCCGGCCACCCCAUCCCAGUCAGACCUGGUCUCAACAAUGGUCCACCUGCACCAAAGCCCGCGCCCGUGCGCAACUAUGCCAACAAUCCGGAUACAUCAUCAAAAAAUCGGCUUCAAUCGCAGCCCAAGUCUCCUUCGAUUGACGAGGGCAGCAGUUCUGGCCCAGUCACGAGAGGCGAGCUUGAUCUGUUGCGCUCAAAGGUUGAUGCAAAUCCCGAUGAUAUGAAGACGGCAAUGGUCCUGGUCAGAAAACUUGUCGAAGCAUCCACCGUUCUAGCAUCGGAGAACGGCCGCUUGGACGCGAAGUCAACUGCGAAAAACAGUGAACGUUAUGUUCUUGAUGCUCAUAAGCGUGUUAAAAAGCUCGCAGCAGCCAAUUACUCGGAAGCAAUGUUUUACCUUGCGGACUGCUACGGGUCCGGAGAUCUGGGUCUAGAUCCCGAUCCCAAGCAGGCCUUCUCGCUGUAUCAGGGUGCUGCCAAAGCCGGUCAUGGCGCUGCAGCUUAUCGCACGGCGAUGUGUUGCGAGAUGGGAGCUGAAGAAGGAGGUGGCACGAAGCGAGACUAUCAUAAAGCGGUGCAAUGGUAUCAACGUGCCUCUCAGCUUCAGGAUGUGGCUGCCAUGUACAAGAUGGGAAUGAUUUUGCUCAGAGGCCUGCUCGGUCAGCAGAGAAAUGUAGGGCAAUCAGUGGUGUACCUUAAAAGAGCCGCCGACAACGCCGAUGCCACUAACCCUCACGCCAUUCACGAACUUGCUCGUCUUCAUGAAGAAGGCAAUCCCGAUCCUGCCAUCAGUGCAGCAGUGAAGCCGGAUGAAAAAUAUGCACAGAAGAUGUACAUGCAAGCAGCCAAGAUGGGCUACAAACAAUCGCAAUUUAGACUUGGUCAAGCCUUCGAGUACGGAUCGUUGGGUCUACCGGUCGAUUCGCGAAACUCAAUUGCAUGGUACUCAAAGGCCGCUGCCCAGGGAGAGCACAAUGCUGAGCUGGCACUCUCGGGCUGGUACCUUACAGGCGCCGAGGGUAUCCUGAACCAAUCAGAUACAGAGGCAUACCUUUGGGCACGGAAAGCUGCGAUGAGUGAACCUCCUCUUGCAAAGGCCAUGUAUGCUCUAGGCUACUACAUCGAGAACGGCAUUGGCUGUCCUGCCAGUCUUGAGGAAGGAAAGAAGUGGUACACAAGGGCCGCUUCAUACAAGUUUCCCAAGGCUGUCGAGAGGCUCGAAGAAAUUCGGAAGGGCAAAGCAGCCAGACCGCAGCCCAACCAGGGACGUUUGACGAGAAGCAAUCAGAAGAGAGAUGAGGCUGAGUGCGUGGUUAUGUGA